AAUCGUACAAUUAAAGAAAAUGAUUUUUAUAAUUUUCGCUGCAUUUAUAAUUUAUAAUGUUAAUAGUGUAAGAGUACCACCAAAUUUUAAAUUUGGAAUAGCAACUUCUGCCUAUCAAGUAGAAGGAGGGUGGAAUGCCAGUGGGAAGGGUGAAAAUGUUUGGGAUCGUCUUAUGCACACCCGUCCUGAUUUAAUAUUUGAUCAUACCAACGGCGAUGUAGCUUGCGAUUCCUACCACAAAUGGAGGGAAGACGUAGAAAUCUUAAAAACUCUCGGAGUCGACUACUACAGAUUCUCGAUAUCCUGGUCGCGAGUUCUGCCAACGGGCUUUGGCAAUAAAAUUAACCCUGAUGGUAUCAGAUAUUACAGCGACUUAAUAGACGAACUUCUGAAGAACGGCAUCGAACCUUUCGUGACGAUAUUUCAUUGGGACUUACCGCAACCACUUCAGGAUUUGGGCGGCUGGACGAAUCCUCAGAUUGCUCUUUACUUUGAAGAUUUCGCGAGAGUGGUUUUCGAGCACUUUGGAGAUCGCGUUAAAAAGUGGAUUACUAUUAACGAACCUUCCAGCAUAUGCUACGGAACCUACGGAAGAGGCUUGUAUCUUCCUUUUGAGUAUCCCGGUAUUGGGGAUUAUUUAUGUGGAAAAACCCUUUUACUGGCUCACGCUCGUGCUUAUCAUCUUUACGAUAAUGAAUUUAGAGAAAAACAACAUGGCAAGAUCGGAAUAACUAUAGAUUCCACAUGGGCAGAGCCAAAAACCAAUAACAAAAAGGACGUAAUGGCCGCUGAGCGUGAAAUGCAAAUGGGCACCGGUUGGUGGAUGCAUCCAAUAUUUUCGAAGGAGGGUGACUAUCCAGAAAUAUUAAAGUUUAGAGUAGCGGAAAUAAGCAAAACCGAGAAUUUUCCAGAGUCAAGAUUACCUCCAUUAGACCAGGAGGAAAUUAAGUUUAUUAGGGGAUCGGCCGAUUUUUUAGGAUUAAAUCAUUAUCUUACUUAUUUGGUUUCUGAUAACGAAUUAAAUACCAACGUUAAAACUUCAUUAGAAAAAGACAGAGGAACCAAAAACGAGGUAGAUCCAAACUGGGACAACCCAUUGAUUACACCAUGGGGAAUGAGAAAAUUAAUUAAUUGGUUAGCAAAUGAAUACGACAACCCUAUAAUUUAUAUUACUGAAAAUGGAUAUUGGGAUGAUGGGCGCUUGGAUGAUCAGGAUAGAAUAAAAUUUUACAAGGGUUAUAUAAAGGCAGUCCUGGAUGCAGCAGUUGUUGAUAAAUGCAACGUGAGAGGUUACAUAACAUGGAGUAUAAUGGACAAUAUGGAAUGGAGAGUAGGAUACAAAUUUAAAUAUGGACUUUACCAUGUUGAUUUCCAGAGUCCUAACAGAACAAGAACACCCAAAGUAUCAGCUAAAUUUUAUCAGGAUGUUAUUAAAAACCGAUAUCUACCUGAAUAAACUAAAAUAAAAAUUA